GGGACAUGCCAUCGUAAGAAAAGCCAAUUCGCUUCUAGUUUGCUAUUUAGUGUAUGUAUAUUUGUGUUUUUCAUGUCUCCCUGGUAUUAACGUAGCUGACACUGUUCGUCCAAUAAUAUUAGUCCACAUGCCGCGCAGGGAAGAGGGGCAGCAGUGAGGCACUUUGAUAAAACCAGACUGUCAGCACUGUGUGGAGCCACAGAGAGCUGCGCAACGGUAAGGUACGGCAAGGCGACACAGAACUGGACCGGGUGAAUGCAGUCCUUAACACAGGACACUGCUGCAGACCUUUCUUUUCCAACCUUUUCCGGAAUAAGUGGACUCUCAAAGUAAUCUUCACCCAGACAGGGAAGAGUAAUUUGACUCUCACUACAACAUUUUGUACGUAAUUCGCUUUAAGAAAAUCUUAAGAGGGCAGGGGGACACGUUGAACCGCGGUUAAUAGCUAUCAGCUAUCCGAGUGUGAAUGUCCUUCACUCAGUAGGCAAACUCCUUAUACAUUUGAAAGUAUUUACAGUUUUAAAUAGCCAAAAGUUACCAUACGGCAGUUUUUUUUGUAAAGCUGUGUGGGAAGGAGCCGUCUGUCCGCCAUGGAGAACGCUCACACGAAGAGUGUGGAAGAAGUUUACAGUCAUUUCUGCGUCAAUGAAAGCACAGGACUUUCCCUGGACGAGGUGAAACGACAGAAGGAGAAAUGGGGCCUAAACGAGUUACCAGCAGAGAUAGGGAAAUCUUUGUGGGAGCUUGUCCUUGAACAAUUUGAAGAUUUACUUGUUCGAAUUCUUCUGCUGGCCGCAUGCAUAUCUUUUGUCCUGGCCUGGUUUGAGGAGGGAGAGGAAACUAUCACAGCCUUUGUGGAGCCUUUUGUCAUUUUACUCAUUCUUAUAGCCAAUGCCAUCGUCGGUGUGUGGCAGGAACGCAAUGCUGAGGAUGCCAUUGAGGCACUCAAGGAGUAUGAGCCUGAGAUGGGGAAAGUGUACCGGCAAGACAGGAAAACAGUGCAGAGGAUCAAGGCCAGAGACCUGGUACCGGGUGACAUUGUGGAGGUUGCUGUUGGAGACAAGGUGCCUGCUGACAUCCGUAUCUGUUCAAUCAAAUCAACAACUCUGAGGGUAGACCAGUCCAUUCUGACCGGUGAAUCUAUCUCGGUCAUCAAACAUACCGACCCUGUGCCCGACCCUCGUGCUGUCAAUCAGGACAAGAAGAACAUGCUCUUCUCUGGUACUAACAUUGCAUCUGGAAAGGCCGUGGGUGUGGUCGUGGCCACAGGUGUCAACACAGAGAUUGGUAAGAUCCGUGACGAGAUGGCGGCCACCGAGCAGGAGAAGACACCCCUGCAGCAGAAGCUGGAUGAGUUUGGCGAGCAGCUGUCAAAGGUCAUCUCCCUCAUCUGCAUCGCCGUGUGGAUCAUCAACAUCGGCCACUUUAACGACCCCGUCCAUGGAGGCUCCUGGAUCCGCGGCGCCGUCUACUACUUCAAGAUCGCCGUGGCACUGGCAGUGGCUGCCAUACCAGAGGGUCUUCCUGCUGUCAUCACCACCUGCCUGGCCCUGGGCACCCGCCGCAUGGCCAAAAAGAAUGCCAUUGUCCGCAGCCUGCCAUCCGUGGAGACCUUGGGCUGCACCUCUGUCAUCUGCUCUGACAAGACGGGAACCCUGACCACCAACCAGAUGUCUGUGUGCAGAAUGUUCGUUAUCAACAAGGCUGAAGGUGACAGUUGUGCUCUGUCGGAGUUCACCAUCACAGGUUCUACCUACGCACCUGAGGGAGAAGUGUACCAGGAUGGUAAACCAGUGAAAACCUCCCAGCAUGAUGCCCUGGUUGAACUGGCUACAAUCUGUGCCCUGUGUAACGACUCCUCUCUGGACUUCAACGAGGUGAAGGGUGUGUACGAAAAGGUGGGUGAGGCCACAGAGACCGCACUAACCUGUUUGGUGGAGAAGAUGAAUGUCUUUGACACUGAAGUCCACAGCCUGUCCAAGAUUGACAGAGCUAAUGCCUGCAACUCAGUGAUCAAGCAGCUGAUGAAGAAGGAGGUCACCCUGGAGUUCUCCAGAGACAGGAAGUCCAUGUCUGUCUACUGCACCCCCAACAAGUCUCGUUCUUCCAUGGGCAAGAUGUUUGUCAAGGGGGCCCCAGAGGGAGUUAUUGAGAGGUGCACCCACAUCAGAGUUGGCAACAGCAAAGUUCCUUUAAGCAAAGGAAUCAAGGAAAAGAUCAUGUCUGUGAUUCGUGAGUACGGGACAGGUCGUGACACCCUUAGGUGCCUGGCUCUUGCAACACGAGACAGCCCGCCCAAAAUGGAGGACAUGAUUCUGUCAGACCCUAUCAAAUUCGCAGCGUACGAGUCCGACCUGACCUUCGUCGGUUGUGUCGGCAUGUUGGACCCUCCCAGACAGGAGGUGGCUGCCUCCAUCAAGCUGUGCCGCCAAGCCGGCAUCCGCGUCAUCAUGAUCACAGGAGAUAACAAGGGCACAGCUGUGGCAAUCUGCCGUCGCAUUGGCAUCCUGAGCGAGGAGGAUGAUGUCGAGCAAAUGGCCUUCACCGGGCGGGAGUUUGACGAACUUUCGCCCGCUGCUCAGCGUGAUGCUGUGACUAACGCUCGCUGUUUUGCCCGCGUUGAGCCUUCCCAUAAGUCCAAGAUUGUUGAGAUCCUGCAAGGAUUUGACGAGAUCACUGCUAUGACAGGUGAUGGAGUGAAUGAUGCCCCUGCUUUGAAGAAGGCAGAGAUUGGCAUCUCCAUGGGCUCUGGCACUGCCGUGGCCAAGUCAGCCUCUGAGAUGGUCCUCGCCGAUGACAACUUUUCUUCCAUUGUGGCCGCUGUUGAAGAAGGCAGAGCUAUUUACAAUAACAUGAAGCAGUUCAUCAGAUACCUCAUCUCCUCCAACGUGGGAGAGGUAGUCUGCAUCUUCCUUACUGCGGCGCUGGGCUUCCCCGAGGCUCUGAUUCCUGUUCAGCUGCUCUGGGUCAACCUGGUGACUGAUGGCCUCCCUGCCACCGCCCUGGGCUUCAACCCCCCAGACCUAGACAUAAUGGAGAAGCCUCCUCGUAAUGCUAAGGAGCCCCUCAUCUCUGGCUGGCUCUUCUUCAGAUACCUGGCCAUUGGAUGCUAUGUGGGAGCAGCCACGGUGGGAGCGGCUGCCUGGUGGUUUACUGUCUCUGAAGAUGGACCUCAACUCACUCUGUACCAGCUGAGCCACUUCCUCCAAUGCGCCCCUGACAACCCAGACUUUGAUGGCCUGGACUGCCACGUGUUUGAGUCGCCCUACCCAAUGACCAUGGCCCUGUCUGUGCUCGUCACCAUUGAGAUGUGCAAUGCUCUCAACAGUCUGUCGGAGAACCAGUCUCUUCUGCGGAUGCCACCCUGGGAGAACAUUUGGCUCUUGGGGGCCAUCUGCCUCUCUAUGUCCCUCCACUUCCUCAUCCUCUAUGUGGAACCUCUGCCUGUCAUCUUCCAGAUCACCCCUCUGGAUACGACCCAGUGGAUGAUGGUGCUGAAGAUCUCCCUGCCCGUCAUCCUGCUGGACGAGCUGCUUAAGUUUGUGGCCAGGAACUACUUGGACUUUGGUAAACAGCUGGAGAAGCCGGCCAGCAAAGGCUGCUCUCUGUCUGCAUGUGCCGAGGGCAUCUCGUGGCCCUUCGUGGCCAUCUCCCUGCCCCUUUUGCUGUGGAUCUACAGCACCGACACUAACGUGUCGGCCAUGUUGUGGCCCUGACUGACUCCAGCACACUACCCUCCCUGUGCACCAGUGUGAAGUGGACAUUAACACACACACACACACACACACACACACACACCUAACACAGUUACAUUAACUCGGAACAACUUACAGUCAACACUUGCACCUGCUCUGAUAGUCUGUCUGCUGUCAGUCUUUUGUAUUUAGGACAUUUUCACCGAUACAUAUUUUUGGGUGGGGGGGCUUGGGAUUAGUCAUAUUUUAAUGACUUAUAUUAUGUCCAUGUGUUUUAUUUUACCAUCACGCUUUUCUCUCUUUUGAUCCUCUGUUUGGAACAGAGACAGAUGCCCACGCUGUCUGAGCUAUUUGUUGAGCUGUACAGAGAAUUGACACUAUUUUAUGAUAAUUCAUAUUUUGUAAUUUCUGGGGAAAAGGAUGUGGGAACAAAAGUGCUGGGUAUGAAGAGGAUGUAAUUCUAAGGACCGCAUAGGACAAUACUAGGUUUGGGGCAAAGACUUGAAUAU